AUGGAAGAACAAAAGAAUCCAAUUGCCUUUCAAUGCGUGUCCUGUAAUACAAUAAUUUCAGAUUCUUUCUUUCUAUUGGAGAGAGUAGAAGAAUCUCUUUUAUUCACAGAAGUCCCAAAUACAAUCAUUGACACGUCAGUUACUUCAAUAGAAAUAGAAGGUGUCUCUUGUUCAUACUCUAGUAUAAGGUGCAUCUGCAAUAAAGAAAUAGGCAGAAAGUACAUUACAGUUAAUGAAUCAUUAAAUAACUGCUUAAAUAACUAUCUAAUAAAGAUAAAAGAGAUAAGAGGAUAUCAAUUAGGCGUAAAGAAGCAACAGAAAGAUGCAAAUAUAAUGACAAAUAAAGAGAUAAACACAGAAAUAAUAAAACUACAAAGGUUCUGUACAUUCCUAUACGGCAAACUAAAAGAAAUAAGGCAGUAG